AUGUCAGCCCGGGAUGGUGGGUCACACAGAGAUGGCCGAAGCAUUGGAAGUCGAAGUGCCUCAUUAGUCUUUGGAGCUUUAUUGGAGAGGGCAUGGUGUAUCUUGGAGAUCCAGACUGCCAAAUUAGUCAUUGCAUUUAAAGUGCUUAUCCCGGAAAUAACCAUUUCUCUUCCUCUACAAACGAUUCUUCGUCACACCAAGACUAACUAG